UCGGGAGGAGGGAAACAGUGUGCAUCUAACCGGCCAGGUGGGAGGUUGUGUGUGUGUCCACCGCCUUCCGUGUGUGUGCAUGUGUCCGCCUGUCUCCGCCGCUGCCCUGGACCGUCCCGCCACCACCACCACGACCUCCGCUGUCCAGCCACGCCGCCCCCCUCCUGACGAGGCUGUCGCUUCUACCUCCUCUGCCGCCGUCGCUGCCCAAAGUGGUGGUGGAGCUCACGGUAGCGCCUCCACCUCGUCCGCCGCCUCGCCUCUUCUGCAGCAACGGCAUCCUCGCCACGCACAAACCUGUUGCAGCUGCUCAGCCAACACCAAGCAGAAAAAACGUUACGACGGCCCUCUUCAGUACGCCAUGACGGACGGCGCCAGUCCGGACGCGCCCACGACCACUGUACAGGUGCUACCAGUCGUGGGCCAGACCUCGGACUUUACUGACGAUGAAGAUGAUACGACGACCUCCGAGACAGAGAGGAAGUUAGCAGGGCUGCAGCUGAAGAGUUUCGUAGAUGGGGAUGAAGAAGACCAGGAGUCGACACCAAUCAUUCCCUCCACGUCACCGGUGUCCCCUGAUGAGCCACCCCAUGCUGUGGUGCUGCCCCAGGCCCACGCCUUCUCCAUCACCCAGCAGCAGGACCAGCAGAGUAUCAGGCCCAGCAGUGCAGAUUCAAUGGGAUCAAGUGAAGGGCCAAACUCCCUGGGUAAUGGAGCAGCAGUGGAGAGGUUUGUGCUGGAGCCAGCCAAGGAGGGCACACUGGUGAAGUGCCGCAUCUCUAGGGACAGGAAGGGCAUGGACAGGGGCCUCUUCCCUACCUACUUCCUGCACAUGGAGAGAGAUGAUGGCAAGAAGAUAUUCCUUCUAGCAGGACGCAAGCGAAAGAAGUCAGCAACUUCAAAUUAUUUAAUCUCAGCCGACCCCACUGACCUGUCCCGAGGCGGUGAGUCCUUCUGUGGGAAAUUAAGGUCAAACCUCCUUGGGACACAGUUCACCAUUUAUGAUGGAGGUGAGGGCCGCAAGAAGGCUCUGUCGUCCUCCACCACCACCGACAAGCAGGGGUCCAGACAGGAGCUGUGUGCCGUGAUCUAUGAAACCAACGUCUUAGGUUUCAAGGGUCCUCGGAAGAUGACAGUCAUACUGCCAGGGAUGACAGCUGACCAUCAGCGGGUUGACUUUCGUGCAAGUUCAGAGUCUGACAGCCUCAUAGAGCGUUGGAAAACCAAGAACAUGGAUCAGUUAAUAGAACUGUGCAACAAAACACCAGUGUGGAAUGAGGACACACAAAGCUACGUCCUCAACUUCCAUGGCCGUGUCACUCAGGCAUCUGUCAAAAACUUCCAGAUUGUCCAUGAGAGUGACACUGAGUACAUCAUCAUGCAGUUUGGCCGUGUGGCAGAGGAUGUGUUCACCAUGGACUACCGGUACCCCAUGUGUGCUCUUCAGGCCUUUGGAAUUGCCCUCUCCUCCUUUGACUCUAAGCUAGCGUGUGAAUAGUGCAGCUGGUAGUCUAGUUAGAUAUCUCCUUCUAUGGUAAGAACGAAGUGCUACAUAUUCUUGUUUAGAUAAAGAAUAAGAUUAAGAGAAAAGAAAAGAAAAAUUAAGAAAAGGAAUAUACAG